GCUAAUGAAUCAUUUCUACCUUCAUCCAGGCACAGCAUGCACACCAAUGUGGGGCUGCUAGGGGUUACUGCCGCUGCUGCCUCCACCGCCUGACGCUGCCUCUGCCCUCUUGCCACCCCUCCCUUCCUCUCUCCCUCUCUCUCCCCCCAGUUUGUAAUCUGACACAGUAGACUGCAGUUGUCUCAGCAGCCGGCCGCUGGAGAGCCUGGGAAGCACUCGAUUCCAAGCUCAGAAAUGAUCUAUACCUGCAGCCUGCAGUCCCCCAGAAAGCCUUUGGUCAGUUCCGACUUUUAGAAGAGAGGUCUCAGACGUCCCAGGCCCAUGUACCUGCUCUGAACCCACAUCCUCACCACUGGAGCCUUGCAGAGCAUGAAUUGAAGAAUGCUGCACAAGGGAAGAGUCGCCUGAGACUUCAGUAUGCUAACCUUUCCCACAAGGCACUGCAGUAUGAGCAGGUAAAAGCAGACUAUGAUCGGCUCAACCACAUCCUCACCAUAGUGACCAAAGAACGUGAUUUGGCCGUGAAGGAGAAAUACCAGCUCCAAGCCAAACUGGAGAAUCUAGAGCAGGUCCUAAAGCAUAUGCGAGAGGCCGCAGAACGGCGGCAACAGUUGGAAUUAGAGCAUGAGCAAGCCCUGGCCGUUCUCAACGCAAAGCAGCGGGAAAUUGAACUCCUGCAGAAGGCUCAGGUUGAAGCCAAGAAGGAGCAUGAAGGAGCAGUGCAGCUGCUAGAGUCCAAGGUUCGAGAACUGGAAGAGAAAUGUCGGACCCAAAGUGAGCAGUUCAACCUCCUGUCUAGGGAGCUGAAGUUUCGGCAGCAGGCGGGGAAGAUUGAUCUGUUGAGCAGUAACUCUGUGGUGUCUUUGGAUAUCCCGGGCUCCCCUAACAAGCCUUUCACCCACUUUAUGAAUGGAAUAGCCGCCUCCUUUGGCAAAGGUCAGGACAGUACUUCUGGAAGUCAUUCUGUGAUUGCUGAAUUUAUUCGAUCCCGACCACUCUCCAGUGACAAACCUGAACCACUGUCUGUCAAACCUACUUUUCUAUCCAGGUCAAGAUCUGGCAGCCCAGGAUGCAGAUUUGAAUCAGACAUGGAUAAUGAACGGAAUUCCAAUACCUCAAAGCAGAAAUACUCGGGGAAGGUUCAUCUGUGUGUUGCCCGCUACAGUUACAACCCCUUUGAUGGACCAAAUGAAAACCCGGAAGCUGAACUCCCCCUCACAGCAGGAAAAUACCUCUAUGUAUAUGGUGACAUGGAUGAAGACGGAUUCUAUGAAGGAGAACUACUAGAUGGACAGAGAGGACUGGUCCCUUCCAACUUUGUGGAUUUUGUCCAGGAUAAUGAAUCCCGCUUGGCCAACACACUGGGGAGUGAACAGGAUCAGAAUUUUAUCAACCAUUCUGGUGUGGGCUUGGAAGGAGAAAGCAUCCUAGAUCUGAAUUCGCCCACCCAAGGAGACUCCAGCCUCAUCAAAAAUGGGGCUGGGACGCUGGAUGUGAACAUUGACGAGAUUGGAGAAGACAUUGUGCCUUACCCUAGACGAAUCACCCUUAUCAAACAACUAGCCAAAAGUGUUAUUGUGGGCUGGGACCCCCCGGCUGUGCCACCAGGAUGGGGGACAGUGAUCAGCUACAAUGUCCUUGUUGACAACGAGACCCGCAUGAAUCUCACCCUGGGGAGCAGAACUAAAGCCCUGAUUGAAAAGCUGAACAUUGCAACCUGCACAUACCGGAUCUCCGUGCAGAGCAUCACAAACCGGGGAAAGUCGGACGAGCUCCAGUGCACCUUGCUCGUGGGCAAGGAUGUCAUCGUGGCCCCUUCCCACUUACGGGUAGACCACAUCACUCAGAUUUCAGCUGAGCUCUCCUGGCUCCCAACCAACAGCAAUUACAGCCACGUCAUCUUUCUCAAUGAGGAGGAGUUUGACAUCGUCAAGGCUGCAAGGUAUAAGUAUCAGUUUUUUAACCUGAAGCCCAACAUGGCUUACAAAGUGAAGGUUUUGGCGAAACCCCACCAGAUGCCGUGGCAGCUUCCUCUGGAGCAAAGAGAAAAGAAGGAGGCCUUUGUGGAGUUUUCUACUCUGCCAGCAGGUCCUCCAGCUCCACCUCAAGAUGUCACCAUUCAAGCCGGGACCACUCCAGCAACCAUACAGGUCUCCUGGAAACCACCAACUCUCACACCCACUGGGAUGUCCAAUGGAGCCAAUGUAUCUGGCUAUGGUGUUUAUGCAAAAGGGCAGAGGGUGGCUGAAGUCAUCUUCCCGACAGCUGACAGCACAACAGUAGAGCUGAUGCGCAUCCGGAACCUGGAAGCCAAGGAGGUGACCGUGAGAACACUUUCCACCCAAGGUGAAUCCAUGGACUCCUUAAUAGCUGCCAUUCCACCCGAACUACUGGUGCCUCCAACCCCACACCCUCGAACUACUCCCAAACCUAAGCCAUUAGCAAGUGCCGGAGCCCCAGAUACCAAAGACGAACAGUUGGGUCCCCACAUCAAAAUGGAUGAGUCUUGGGAGCAGACUCGCUCGGCUGCCCCCGCACACGGCCACAUGCUGGAACCUCCAACAUCCAACUUUCCGAGCUCAGCUCCUGGGAGGCGGUCACCCUCACCCAAUCGGAUUCUCCCACAGCCACAGGGCGCCCCUGUCCCCAAUACUGUGGCCAAAGCCAUGGCCCGGGAAGCCGCGCAACGCAUGGCGGAGAGUAAUCGAUUGGAGAAAAGGAGCCUGUUUGAGGACAGGAGCAGGGCUGGGCAUUAUGUAAACUCCGACGAGGAGGAAGAGGAUGGCUAUGACUCACCAGACAUCAAAAGGAGAGGAGCUUCUGUGGAUGAUUUCCUGAAGGGUUCUGAGCUUGGCAAGCAGUCACACUAUGGCCAUGGAGAGGAAUAUCACACAGAGAGCAGCCGGGGCUCUGACCUGUCCGACAUCAUGGAAGAGGAUGAGGAGGAACUUUAUUCAGAAAUGCAGCUGGAGGAUGGGGGCAGGAGGCGGUCCAGUGGAACCCCGCACAAUACGCUCAAGCUUUUAGGAAAUCCAGCGUCUGCCGGACGGACUGAUAGGGUGGAUCACCCGGGUCGAAGGUUAUCACAUGGCAGUGCUGGACCUCAGAGGCCCCGGCCAAUGAUGGUCCCUUCCAUUGAUGGUUACUGCAGCCGGGAUCGACUGUCUCCAGACUUGUAUGAGGAGUCUGAAACAGACCCCGGCGCCGAGGACCUUUCAGUCCGAAUAUUUGUCGCUCUCUUUGAUUACGAUCCACAUACGAUGUCUCCCAAUCCUGAUGGGGCAGAAGAAGAGUUACCAUUUAAGGAAGGACAGAUCAUUAAGGUUUAUGGAGACAAAGAUGCUGAUGGCUUCUACCGUGGGGAAACCUGUGCCCGACUCGGCCUUAUUCCUUGUAACAUGGUCUCAGAAAUCCAAGCUGAUGAUGAAGAAAUGAUGGACCAGCUCCUUAAACAAGGCUUUCUCCCUCUGAACACCCCCGUGGAAAAAAUAGAGAGGAACAGACGGAGUGGCCGGCAGCACCCCACGUCCACGAGAAGAAUGGUCGCUCUCUAUGACUAUGACCCAAGAGAAAGCUCUCCUAAUGUUGAUGUAGAGGCAGAACUGACAUUUUGUACAGGAGACAUCAUUACUGUGUUUGGUGAAAUUGAUGAAGAUGGAUUUUACUAUGGAGAGCUCAAUGGACAAAAGGGCCUGGUUCCUUCAAACUUUCUGGAAGAAGUGCCUGAUGACGUCGAAGUCUACCUUUCGGAUACACCGUCCCGUUAUUCUCAAGAUGCCCCAAUGCGUACCAAGGCUAAAAGGAAGAAGAGUGUUCAUUUCACACCUUAAUAAGGCAAUGUAGCCUUCACGUAAGUGAGCAACUGAAGAUACCAAUAAAGAUACCAAUUUAAGCUACCUUGCAAUAUCUAAUGCAGUAGUCUUAAGACUUAACUGUGGGAUUCAGAAAAAGAAAUAUGUCUCAAAAAAUCAUUGGCCCAAAAAUCUGAGGAUGUUGCUUUUUCUCAGUUAUGAAGCUUAAAUGAAUUUGUCAUAAAACAAAUUCUCUUGUGUCUAUUUCUCACUACCAUAUUAUAACAAAUUCAUGAAAAGGUCAACAUUGGGAACAUAUUUCUUAAUGAAGAAAGCAUUUCUGUUUAUGUAGAGAAGUGUUCCAAUGUCUAACGAUUCUAAAAAGCAAAAGCUGCAGAUUGCAUUGUUAGCCAAUCCCUGGAAAAAAAGGCACAAUCUAUUACUUGUAAAGACUUUUACCCACCCCUCCAAAAAAUUCAUAAGAAAGGUUAUAAUUCACAUGAAUAGUUUAAUUAAGUUGGCCUGGAGUUGUCUCAUAACACUAGCAACCUCAAAUCCUGGCUGGAACUACCUAGAAAUGUUUUCUUAGGCAGUUCGACUUCUGUACUACAAAAAUGUGAUGAUAUGUAGCCCAUAACAGGCAUUUAAAAAACAAAGAAACAAACCAACCAGCCUCUGAGAGUCCCUGAAUAGUGUUUGGUUUACCAAUGCAAUGUUAACUGUCAUGGAUGAUGCAGCUCAGUGGAUGAAUGCAUUAGGCUAAAUACAUGGUAUCUUCAGGUGUACUUGGGAUGCUUUACUAAGUUGUUUUCCAUUAGAAUUAGGCCUUGAUUUUAAAUCCAAGGAAGCUUGAAGACCCUUGGCUAAAUUUUCUUUUCUGUAGGAACAUUUUGUAUUCGAAUAAGGUCUGGCCUGAAAUAAUAAGGGUUAUGGGGAAAGUGAAUUCUAUUACGUACAUUAAAAUGUGCUUUGGUAUAGCCUCCUUUAGGCAAACAGUAACUGCAUUAUAUGAUCAGAAUGAAAGAAUUCUAUCGAUGGGGUUAAAGGACUGAUGUUAUAUUAUACUUAAAAUAUACUGAAAUGCUCUCAAGUUCUACGCACUGGGAAAAACUCAUUUUCACUUUGAAAUAUACAAAGCACACUUUCAAAACAAUAAGGGCCUUUAAGUUUUCUUUGAUUGCAAUUAAGGUUCAUUUUAGUUUUUUUUUUCUUUUUAACCAAUGUGCCAUCUCUCUCCAAUAUGUACAUAUAGCACAGUAAAUUGUGCAAAAUGGAUUCAAGAACAUCAGAAUUUUACAUCAUCAAAUAGUGUUUUUGUUUUGUUUUGUUUGUUUUGAAUACAAUAGGAAUUCCUCCGGGAAACUUUUGCUCCCAAGAUUCAGUUGCUGGUAUUAGCCCAUUGUACUUAUCCUGGGCUAACUGCUAUGUUGAUUCAAAAAACUCAAAUGAUCAUUUGCCGAAAUUUUCUUUUUUUUUUUCUUUUGCCAUUACUUUGGCAAAAUGAAAUGUGGCAAUUGCUCAGAACCAUUAGGUCCCCAAAGCAUGUGUCUUACCGCUUGGUGGCCGCUGUGCUUUGGGAGGUGAUGCUUAUGUGUAACUUGCCUUUGGUAUAUUUUAAGCCACUAAUAGAAGACGUGAGCCUCUUUGCCCCCUUUUGGUGGGAAAUGGGACCUUAAGAUGUUACCCCCACUGAAAUGAUGUUGUUGGCUUUCAAACAUUCAAUAAACUGUCACAAUAUACCUAAUAGGUUCCUCCUGAGAAUACAGGUACGUCAAGGAGAGCACCAUCCCCCACAGUCCAUCUCCAUUCUGGGUCACCUCCGUCAUCUAUGGGUUCUGGUA